AACCAACAUUGAAUGAAUAUCAUUAAAAAAUUGAAUUUAACAAAGCUUAACUCAAUCCGAAGAGCUUCUGUUGUUUUUAGUUGAAUGAAAGUUGUCAUUGAAGUGGUGUUGACUUAAACAAAAAGCUAGCGGAAAAAUCUUUUAUUAUUAAUAAAAAAUAUUAUUUAUAAAAUAAAGUGUAUUUACAUUGUGUAUCAUGGCAUUGGCGAUAGAACUUGCAAAAUGGGAUAAUCCUAUUUUUCGAUCGUAUGUCUAUUGGACAGGAAUAUUGUGCUUGAAAAUGCUUGCAAUGUCAGCCCUUACAGGACUUACACGAUUCGCAAGAAUGACUUUUGCCAAUCCAGAAGAUGCAAUUUUCAGCAAGGCCAAGGUUAAAUAUGAUGAUCAACGAAUUGAACGUUUCCGCAGGGCACAUCGAAAUGACAUGGAAAACAUAUUUGUAUUUUUCCCAAUUGGAUUUUUGUACGUUUUGAUAAAUCCAUCAGCAUUUUUGGCUAUCAGUCUAUUUCGAAUUAUUGGUAUUGGAAGAAUUAUACACACAGUUGUUUACGCUAUUUUUGUAACACCACAACCAUCCCGUUUAUUGGCGUGGAUUUUUCCAUAUUUAGCAACUGGGUUUAUUACAUUGCAAGUUAUUUUAUAUGCUGCAUGAGUAUUAUGAUUAUUUUAUAAAAAAAAAAUAUUGGAAACUAUUUUUCUAAACUUAUUUUAUGAUUAAAAAAUUAAGAUUACAAAACUUGUAAAAA